UCUUGUCCCAACUCGAUAGAAACAGAACUACUCGAUGUAAGUAGAGCAACAAGUAAUAUACGACUUGAUUAUUCCCCUCUGCAAAUCGAACAGAUCUUAGCUUUCAAACAGCGCUCAGGUUUUUUUCAAACUACUAUAAUGAAUUACCUCACCCAACAAGACGAAAACAGACAACCUUUAUGGUCCUCAUCGCAGAACCGGUGCCGGAGAGGCGAACUCAUUUUGGGACAGUACUACCAGUUUUAGGCGAACAAGACAACCGCGCGUCCUUGUGAUUUCUCCCGGGACAAGAACAUUCCGCCGCCUGUUUCAUCGCAAUCGCUGUGGUGAGUAAACUGCAAUGUCUAGUACGGUGCCUCGACGACAACGUUCUCUGCCCUGAACCUGAUCAACGGCGUUGAUACCAACCCACGCCCCUGGAACACCAAGAUCAUGCAGUCGGAGCAAGGAAAAAUUCCAGCUGGGAUCAGCACAGUGGACGGCGUGUCGCAGAAUGCCGUCAGGAGUGCUGAUGUUGCUACGCCAGCCACGACGACCAAUCCUACAUCUGGGAAUUUCAAUUUUUUGCGCACCUUCAAGAAGUUUUUGUACAAUGACAUGACGCACUUCUACGAGAUGAACGUUGUUCGCCAUUUACCCACUUUUCGCGUUUUCGGCGUGAUGCUCCUGCUGGUCAUCCUUUUGUGUACUGCGGUCGCUCGCAUUAUCGCUCUUGACGAUGCCGUGCAAACCACAUUGGCCGCUGUUUUCCCGGGAAAGGAAAAAUGCCAACCCUUUUUCAUGUUCAUCUGCGAGAGAAAUUUUGACGUUUAUCUUGACGUAGCUCCAGCCGCUGCAUUUGAUGGAUUUCUGCUUGCCACGAUGCUCUUGUUGUUCAUACUCUUGUGUACUGCGCUCGCUCGCUUCGUUGUUCGCCGACGGACGCCAACGGCAGUGACGGCGGUUUGCGGAUGGGGCAGGAGGGCGCGGAAGAUGACGGAGCAGCGCGUGCUAAGCGGCUGGAGUGCAUGUGCGCGGAAGUCCUUGUUGCAGGCGCGGCAUGCGAAGAUCACGCAGCAGGAGCAGUGCACGCUGACCGGCUGGAGCAGGCUCACUGUUUUCUUACGAACGAAGAAGAUGCGGCAAGAACACCAGAAGACCUUUUGUUCCUCCGCGCGCCGCGAAAUGUCGAGAGAACAACAGAGACCGUCGUGCGGCGCGCCCGCGUCCUCCGCAAAACCCGAUCCGGACCUUCAGUUGCAGGACGAUUUGCAGUUCGGCAUCUUCGGGAAAAAGAAAUCUUCGAGCUUCUUGAGCAAUACUGCAACCACCAGUACGUCGCAGUGGUUGGUGCAAAGAGGGGACGAUGUUGAGCACACUGACGAAAGAAAUAGAUCCGGCCGUAGAUCAUCUUUUUACCACCUCCACAGCAGCAUAGCCGCUGCGUUCGUCAUUUCGCUGCGGCACCAGUGUAGUUGGAGGGAGUUUGGGGAAAGACAGCUCGUCUUGUUCCGCCUCAUGCCAGCUUGCUUGGCCUUGUUGCUCGCCUGCACGGUGCCGGGCCACGGAGUUCCUGUUGGCGCGACGGCUGUAAAAAUACUGUUUCCUGCUCUUGGGGGCGUGCUGGUCGUACUGUACUGGGUGUUUCGUAGGCUCCGGCAGCAGACCACAGCGGUCAGGAGGUGGAGUGGGUGUGUGCAAAAAGCCUUGCAGCAAUCGAGGAUAGCGAAGAUCCUGCAGCGGGAGCAGCCCGCGCUGGCCGGGUGGAGUUGCUGUGUACAGAACGCCCUGCAGAAAUCGCGGAUAACGAAGAUCAUGCUGCAGGAGCAGCGCAUGCUAGCCGGCUGGAGCAGGCUCACUCGGUUCCUGCGAAUGAAGAAAUUGCGGCAAGACCACGCAAGGGCAGUGCGCCGGGAAAGUGAAAUCGUGGCAAGGUGGAGGAAACUGUCACGGGUGCGCAUGCGCAUUCCAGUGCGGUUUGUGGACGCGGGAGGUCGGUUAAUCGUACCGCAAACCACAUUUCUUUUCCGGGGAGCCAAACAUGCCACGUGUGAUUGUUCUCACGACGGUGGCGCUUCUUUGACUUACCACAGGAGCGGCGCGCACGACAGCGGCGCGUAUGACUGCCACUGCACACCAGGGCGACCAAUCACGAGGUUGCGCGAGCUGUUCGGAGAACGCGCGUGCAGUGUAUUGCUGGAUCCCGACGCCCAAGCCGACCUGUUCCGCCGCCUCGACAGCGCCGAUAGCCCUCUGCGCUGCGUGGACGAGAUUCCCCUGCUCCUCGGCGGCCGACACAUCGGGCGCCGGUACCGCGUGGUGGCGCGGCGCAGAGUGAUUUGGCUCGGCGAAACAAGCGAAAAUGGCGAAGAUCCCCCCUCUGUUGAGACGACCAUGGAGAUCCGGUUUUACGCAAGUGGUGACUGGGUAAUUGCGUUGGUUGACGAGGAGGAUCAGAGCCAGCCUCUGCGAGGCGCGGGUCUGCUGGAGACGCUACAACCCGCGGACCGCGCCAAUAGCGCAAGAGUGCUAGAAGAAAACUGGCGGACCGAGGACUUCAUUGAUGAGGAGUAUGUUUUCUCCGGCGUGGUGGGCUCCGCAGAAGGGAUGGAGGUGGCCGAGUCGGAGAUUCGCUUUAGCUCAGGGCCUUGCACCGCUUUUCCAGAAGCGUGGCGCCGUGACGAGACAUAUACUCGGCAGUGGCCCGUGAACUUUGCACACUGGCUCCGCUGGCUUAGCUUCCCAAGCGGUGUUGGGGAGUGGCGCGCAAAAAUCGGUGCCCUUCGCGUCAAGGCGACCAGUCACUGCAUCGCACUCUUCGUCGCAGUUCUUGAUUACCUCCCGUCGUGGGACGUGAAACUGGCGAAAAGACAACUGAACCGCGCAGGAACAUUCGAGGAGCGUGCAGAAUGGCGCGCCGAAAAGUGGCGGACGGCCUGGGAACAGUAUCGGAGGCGCGUCAAAUUGCGGGAUGAAUGUUUAUGGGUCCGCGCAGCGCAAUACAUCACGUGCGACGAGGGCACCAAGGACCUCAUUGUCAAAGUGAUCGGUACCGGGGACGACGACGACGAGGAGGAGGACAAGUGCAUCGAGGUUUUCGUCGGAAUUCCGAAAAGCAGCAGCAGCGUCGGGCCAGUGCACAUCCUGGAGCCUCCUAAGUGGGGACUCCAGGAUAAAGAGAUCUUCCAGAAAGAUUAUACAUGGGAGAGCUGGGCCGGCCGCCGCGACGACCUCUCGAGGGGCCACCUUGACAUAAUGUUCAUGAUGCUGAGUUAUGGGUGGACAAAAUGCAAAACCGGACACGAGAAAAACCGAAGAAUGAUUGCAAUUUCCUGGGGUUUUUUCUUCCUUCUGACCAAUUGUUGGCGAAAAAAUGGCUUUCUUUAGCUAAGAAUUGGCCCGCUUGGGAAAAAAAGACGGCGAAAUCACGAUAGGUCCUGGCUUUCUUCGUGUCCGGAUUUGCAUUUUCUCCGUUCAUAUGCAUAUUUGGGGUUGGAACCGCUUCGUUGGCACACGGAUAUCAGCAGCGAAUGAUCUCCUUCUUUACCAGAUGGAGCAGCGCGACUUAGCCAGGUGGAGCAGGCUAACUGCGUUGUUGCGAACGAAGAAGAUGCGGGAAGAGCGCACUAGGGCUGCGCGCCGGGAAAGUGAAAUCGUGACAAUCUGGGGCAAUUUUAUUUUACGGGUUCCUCUACGUCUUCCAGUGCGGUUUGUCGACGCGGGAGGCCGCUUAAUCGUGCCGCCGACUACGCUAGCGUUUCCCGCCUUCCCGCGACAAAAAUUUCUCUUUCCGAUCUCGAAGCCGCGCCAGCUGUUGAGGCACCAGCUAUACAGAACAUUGUCGGAUCCUAACGCAAAGGCCGACCUCUUCCGCCGCCUCGACGGGGCCGAUAGUCCUCUGCGCUGCGUGGAAAAGAUUCCCCUGUUCCUCGGCGGCCGAGACAUGGGGCGCCGCUACCGUGUCGUGGCGCGGCACCACAGAGUAGUGUGGAUCUACGACGCGAAGAAAAAAACUGUCCUGGACACGACCCUGCAGAUCCGGUUUUAUUCGAGCGGCUGCUGGGUCGUUGCACUGGUCGACGAGGGGCAGCAGCACUGGCGAGCCGCGGGGCUGUUAGAGACGAUGCAAUACGUAGACCGCACCAGCAUCAGCAAGAACAACAUCAGUUCCGGCGCCAUGGGAUUCCCAUUCCCAGUUGACGCAGAAGGUGUAGAGCGGUACGCUUUCACUGGCGUGCUGGCGGACACCGCAGAGGAGCUAGAAGAAGUAGCUGAGUCGGAGAUCCGCAUUUACGGAGGACCGGCCCGGCUCGAUGCAACGCGGUUGUCGUGGUUGGCAGGCCUCUUCGAGUGUUGGGAUCGGUCAAUCAACACCGCAACCUGAAGAUUGAUCAGUCGCGAAAGCGAUGUUGGGAAAGACUGGCCCAGAAAAUUCGCAGACCUCCCUUUCCAAGUGGACAGCCACUGCUUCGCACUUUUCAAUACUACAGGUGAUAGGCCCAGGUGCAAGAAACUGCUGGAAAUUAGUGCCAACCACGACACGGUCGCGGAGCCGUGGCAACAGAUGAUCGUGGCAGGGCAUGAGCGACAGUACCGGAGGCGCGUCAAAUUGCGCGAUGAGUCUCCAUGGAUCCGCGCAGCGCAAUACAUCACAUGCGGCAGGAGCAACGAAGACCUCGUCGUCAAACUGAUCAGUACCGGGGACGACGACACCGACGGAGACCAGUGCCUCGAGGUUUUUGUUGGCAUUCCGAGAAGGGACGACACAAGGCGACCGCCACACGCGAUCCAUUUUCUGCAACCUCCUACAGCUGAUAGUGUCCGUAACUUCUCGAGGUCGAGGGGAGACGCGCUACUACGCACAACUGAGGUGUGCCCGUGCUGCUGGAAACCAGACUUCUAAGACGAGGGGUGUAUUAACAUGACCAAAGUAUUACUAAACCAUCUAAGCGGGGUCCCCGAGCUAGUCAUCCGGACGCCCGAAUUCGGCCGACCGGGCGACGAAGUAGAACUGAUCAACAAGAACGUGUAGCCCCUUCUGGCGUGCAAAUGAAACUUGAUAAGUUCAAUUUUUCGCAGUGUACCAGCUGGAAUCUGGAGGAAGAACCAGUUACUAUAGGCUGAUUCAGUCGCAAGAGGACAAUGUUCUACCUGAAGAAAAGAUGGCAGUGCAAGUCACUUCUGCGAAGUGUGAUUUUUUCUCGUUCUGUCCAGCAAAGAACAUAUCUGUAAAUUCCAACUCGAUGCUGGUGCAGUGCUGAGCCUGAG